GAUAUGAUCCAAAUUAGAUCAAUAUACAAGUCGACAUUGUGUGAUCAAGAAGACACCUCAAACACUAACAAAAAUUAUGAUUUUUGCCCAAGUCUUUUUACAGUUUCAGGAGACCCACUUUGGAGGCUUGGUUCUUUCAAUCUGUUUGAUGAAAACUCACGUUUGAUGGUUCGUAUUGAAUAUGGGAACGUUUUCUACACCAUGGAGUGCUUGGAAGUUCGAGGCAAAGCUUAGAAGUUCACUUUUCAAGCUUCUCAAAGUGUUAGCUCAAAACCGGAAAGCUGUCCCAAAUUGUUUGUAUGGAAGCGAGUUCGAGAUGACGACUUUGAGCUUCAAUUCGACGAGCUUGGGGAAGAAUCGAGUUUCCAAGGUGAUAGCUGGAAGGGCUCGAAUGAGGAGGCUAAAGAUCGCUUUGAGACUGGAAUUUUUGCAUUGAAGACUAAGUAAUCCGAAUCCUAGUCGGAUUAGGAUUAGUAGACAGUUUAAGUUUAAUUCGUUUCUGUGUUGAUUUUGGAUUCUUUUUUCAAGUUAGAUUGUAAUUGGGACUUCUUCACGAGUUCUUAGGAUUCAUUAGGUCUAUUUAAGUCGUUUUAAUUCGUUGUAAUUAUUAGAUUCUGUUCGAUUUAAUACAAACUGGAGUUUGAUUCACAAGCUUGUUGCUUCGUGAGUUUGAGAGUGCUUUAGGGCGAGACCUAGGCUGCUUGAGUGCUUGUAUCGUUCAGCUAACCCGCUGAUCGUGGCCAGGAUUCUUCCUGUAGUUUCGAGCCUUUCUCCCUUUGUGAGGAUUGCACGAAACUUCCAUCCCACACAAGAACACCAAACCCUGUUUUUGUGUUCUCCAUUACCCGAGUUCAAUCUCUCUUGUGAUUGGAUCCAUCGAACCCAUUUCGGGCUUAUCAAGUGGUAAUCAGAGCCUAGGUCAUACACAGUGGACAGGACGGAGAAGCUCGUUGUUGGGACAGCGCGUUGGACAAGGUCGAAGGGUCCCGUUUCCAAUGACCCUGAAGCUGUACGCCGAAAACUAGAGCACGACGACGAAUUAAAUUCUGAGGUUCAAGUAGACAAUCAAGAAAUGGUGGUACAACAGAUUGACAUAAAUGAGUUGAUGCGACGAUUUGACAUGAACUUGAACCAAUUCAGGCAGGAAAUCAACCAAAGAAUUGAUGCAAUUGUACGGCCGGAAAACAGAGCUCGUGAAGGGGAAGUUUGCGACGACGGAAAUCCGGCGUUGGUAGAUCAAAUUGUGGAGAUCCGCCGGCUCGAGAAUGACGAGGCAAUCGUGAUGACGAGCCAACAAUUCCGUCUGGAAUUAAGUUGACUGUGUCGGCAUUUCAAGGAACAGCGAAUGCCACAGCGUACCUGGACUGGGAACGAAAACUGAUUUUGUUCUUUCAGUGUGGCAAUUAUUCAGAGUAGUAGAAAGUAGCUUUGGCCACCUAUGAGUUGGUCGAUCACGCUGCUCAGUGGUGGGAACAGAUUCGUCUCCGACGAUGAAGGAACCUGCAACUAGAGGUGACGAAUCGGAAUGAGCUACGUGGGUUAGUACGAGAACUAGGGCUGAAAAUUACCCUGACCCAUCCCUGAAGGGUCAAGAUGUAUAAUUGACCCGUCCUGUCCCUAUCUCCUUCUUGACCCUGUUUGACCCUCAAGGGAUAGGACGGGUCGAGUCAGCGGGUCGACCCUAAUCUACACACUACUUUGUUUACAAAUUAUGUUUUGGUACCCAAAAUUAUUUUUUCUUAUAAUUUAGUACCUAAUUUUUUUUACAAAUAAGUACUAAAAUUUUGA